AUGUGGAAACCUUCGAAGCCUCUCUCGUUAUUACUGGAGCCUUCGCUCCUGCAGAGUAGUCUCUGCCUCAAAUGUCAGCUGCGCGGUACCUCUGCGGUCCGACCUAGAGCUUCUCUGCGUUCCUAUACAACGCCAAACAGCAACGGAGAGAAGCCGUCGGCCUCAACUAAAGCAACGACAAGCAGAAGAGUUCAAUUCCAGCAGAAUGCCACUCCUCAAUCAGCUCCUCCCAAGGCGCAUGAACCCAGAGAACAAGAGCCAAUACCACUUUUAGACCGCCCAAUUGGUUCGGCGAUUCCCCCGCAGGAGGGUCAAAACACUGGGAUUGACAAGCGGACAUUGGGACAACGACGGGACGAUUUUGUGAACUAUGAAAAACAUAUCAAGAGGCGUGAAGAGCUGACACGACAAGCCGCAAAGCCAUACUUCCGAGAAUGGUCAAACAUGCGAUACAACGAGGGUAAGACCUUUGUGUCGAACCCGCGCUUAUUCAAGCGUGACAAAGCGCUCUACUUCCCUAACCUUUACGGAACUACACUCGCCUCGCCGCAAGAACCGCAGAAUACCACAUCCAUACUCCGCGGUAAAGUGUCUGUCGUGAACCUCUUUUCCAGCGUUUGGGCAGAAAGUCAGGUCGCCACGUUUACUGGGCCCCAGUUCAACCCCGGUCUAUAUGAGGCAUUUAAGGAAGGUAGUCACCUUGUGCAGAAGGUCGAUAUUAACGUGGAGGACAACAUUCUCAAGGCGUGGCUGGUUCGGAUGUUCAUGUGGCGGAUGAGGGGGAAGCUGCCCAAGGAACAACAUCCAAGAUACUUUCUGGUGCGCAAGGGUCUUGACGAUGGCCUCAAGGAAGCUAUUGCCAUGAUGAACAGUAGAGUUGGAUACGUGUAUCUUUUGGACGAGAACUGCCGUAUCCGAUGGGCAGGCAGUGGACCUGCUGAGCCCGCCGAAUUGGAGAGCUUGAACAAUGGCGUCCGCAAGCUUAUCAAUGAACGGAAAAUUAGUCUAGGGUCCGAGUUGCACGUGCAGCAUUCGCAAGUAUCAGGAAAGGAGACGAAGAAGGCCAGGGUGAUUGAGCAUAGCCGUUAAUCAUUGCAUGUACAUAUUAGUGUGAGCAUGUAAACUGUAUAAGUAGCCCAAAUCCAUAAACUCCGACCC